AUGGCGGUGACCGCCUUCUCCCCGAUAUCUGCUCCAAGUCUUCUUCCUGCCUCCAUUGCAUCUCCGAGUAACUCUCCUCUCGCCGCUUCCUUCAUUCUCGUUCACGUCUUUUUAUUUUUAUUUUUAUUUCCUGGUGACCUUAUCGUCGCCCUGAUACUCGGACAUGAAUGACGCUACGCAAUCUCGUCUUAAUUUUGAAUUGGACCUCCCGGUGCGAAUUUCCGCCCGAAUGCUUCCUUUCGAUUUUUGACCUGAAGAACGCAAGAAAAGAAACGCAAAGUUGAGGCCGUUUUUAACGCUGGAUUUGGUCAGGGGGCUGUUAUAGAAGCAUCGAGGCAUGCUGGAGGGGGAACGCCCUCAGAGGAGGCUGUACCCUGCCGCGGAGAAGCAUCCCCAUUCGCCAGGGAUUGUAUAUUAGAAGGCCACGCUGCAACCGUGCCAAUGGGAUCUCCUCGGCUGUAGUCGCCUUAUCCGUCUGUAUUAUGCAAUUUUUCGGCACGUUUUUGCUUACAGUUUUUCAGAAUCACCCUUCCUGCGGGGUUGGCGUAGGCUUCAUGUAACCAUACCUCCAAGGGGUGGGGGGGCGGGACCGGAGGGGGUGCGGGUUGAUGAUUCUUUUUCGCUCUUUCCUUCUCUUCUGUUUGACAGGCAGGGGGGAAGACCAAGGCCAAGAAGGUGGAGGUCGUGAUCCCUGAUCCAGACUACAGAAUACCACUUGUGCUACUUGGUGAGUCGAUUGUUUACCCGACCAUACUGAUCUAGUUAGAAUGCAUCGUUUGAGGAAAAUGCCUUCCAAUUGCUUAAUUUUACACGCCCUCCGGCCGAGUUUUCGUGUGGGGAUUCUUCAUUUCGUUUCAUCCCGUGAAGCCUUUCUGCACCGAGCUCAAGGCGUGGACCCUGCAGAUAUGUUCCAGGCAACAAAAGGAGGAUUCAAGUAUCAACUGCAGAUACUUUCGGGAACCCUUCGUACAUUAACAAGAAUGUAAAUUUGUUCAGACGGCGAAUGGACUGAAUUCAGGGUUCACAGGGUUCACAGAUACUUCGCUUAAUUUGGUAUUAAAUGGAAAUUCCGAGUGAACUUUUGCCAUGCCGGUUGAGAACUAGGGGCCGUAGGUUUUGUAGAGGAAUCCUUUUGGUCCAGAACACACGCUUGACAUGGGUGCUGUUGCCUUCUGAACUCUUAAGUGGAAAGUUAUAAUACCCUUUUUGUUCUUAGCAAUCUACAGGGAAGGAGGGGACUUAACUUUCCAUCCUGGCAAGGAUUUCUUAAAAAAGGACAGACUCAAAACAUUUUGCUUUGGAAUCAUCAGUCCAUGUGCGAAGGGAUGCAUUUUAAAGAGAGAACACAGUUCCCUUGUUACUGUCUUCUUUGCCCUCACUAAAAACUUGGAUGUGCGUCGUUCUGCCAUUUGUCAUUUAGUAACCGAUACAACUGAUGAUGUUAUAUUUUGCAAGUAUGACUCCACAUUCAGGAAACCAUUUCUCAUAGGUCUGUAAUAGUUGGACCAUGCUUUUCGGUAGACAAUAUAUGAUGGAACCCUAAAAUACUGUAUGUUGCUGUCGCAACUGACUGUGAGUAUUCGCUGGAACAGGUUCUGCUGGUUGGCUCGUAUACCAAGAUAAUUUAUUGACUGCUGCUCCAGUUGGCCUUCUUGGAUUGCUUCUCUUAUUUCAGGUUAAGUAAAAAGGAAUGGAUAAUUUUACUGGCCAUUAGCUACUUACUGGUCCUCAGUCAAACAUUGUGAUGCCAUUUAUGAAGUGAAUUUGUACCUUAGAAACCCCUUCUGCUCGAUAUGGCAUUGCAUUUAUACCAUUUAACAUUCUUGCUUCCCCACGAAGUACCUUCAUACAUGGUUCGGAUAAUGGAUCAGAUGGAUACUAACGCAUAAAUUUUAUUAUUCCUGACAUCCUUGCAUGAUUUAUGUAGGUAUAUUUUCAUCUACGUUUGGCACAUAGAUUCUUUCACUGGACAAUGUUAUGCGUGUAUUUACUCCUGUUGGAUAUUCCUGCAUAAAGAAGAUAGGAAAAUUCUCCCCUGGCUAAGGAAUUUUUUGUGGGACCCAUAUAGUUUUCUUGAUGUCGAAAGCUUCAGUUCUAAAGGCUGCUGCGGAUAGCAUUUAUUUUGGAUCGUUAUAAAUUCAUCUGAUUAAUUCUUUUUGUCCAUGCAGACAACUCGAGUACGAUUUGUAUUUGACGAAGAAGCCCUGGUUUGUUCUCUUCGUCUCACACCUUUUUUUUUUGCUGGUCUGUUUAAGGGCGGAUAGUUGCUUAUCUCACAAUUCUAAAUUUACUUUUUUUUUACCCGUACAAGCAUGAUAUGCUGGAAUAGAGAAGCAUAUAAGUCUGUCUCCUCAAGUUAAAUUUAAUUUCUUUGUUUCUUCGUAGAAGACCCUCGAGAAUCAUGCGUCAAAUUCAUGGCGUAAAUUUACGGUCUGUAGGGACGAAAGUCACGACUUGAAACAAUUCACCAGAAUUUUACUUCCUCUUUUAUUCCAUCAUGAUCGCAUGGGUUUGGAGCAAGUGAAUCUGAAGCAUGUGGAUAAAUUGGAGGUUCUGCCACUGAGAUGAUCGACUUAAGAAAGUAGAUUUUUUUUGUGGAUACUUGGUGAUUUUAGUGAGAUUUACGAUUUUUCUUUUUUAAGAUUAAUAAUAACGUUCCAAACAUCUGGGCAACUCUGAUUUCGUCACCUAGAUACCCCGUGGUUGGAAAAUAUUUUUCUGCAUGCUCUCGAUUUGUUAGACUGUGUUCAAGUUUUCCAAAAGCAUGAGGGAUUGUCGCUUGAUCUCUUGUUAGAUAUGAUCUCAGAGCUCGCUGGAGUGGGGUGUUUGUAUCAUUUGUUGAUGAAUUUCUGGUAGGCCCAGGCCCACAUGGAGAUUGAUAUCAUUUUGAUAUUUUAGGAGGUAAAAGUUGGCAGUGAACUUCAAGAGUCCGGAGAAAAUGUCUUUGUUGGUGGGAAAAACCGCUGGAAGUAAGCUCAGUGUUCUCUCCCAUUAUUUAGUACGUUUUUUUUUUUAAUGAAUGACGUUGGGGGUGUUAUAUUCUCAUACAGUUAUACGUCAUUUGUGAAUUGGGAGCUUUGGUGGCCUAAUUUUCCAAUAUUGGUGUACUUCAAAGAGACACAGACAAAGCCAGAAGGACAAGUCCAUUUCUUCCCUGUGAUUUUUGUAAGUGUCUAUGGGAGUGAAAAAAUAAGCCUCGACUUCAUAACGACUUUGUUUGUUCAUAGCACUCGUUCCAUGUCUUGUGCAGAAUGGAAAGCAACUAUACGAUGUCAUGGUGGAGAGGGCGGGUCCGUCAAAGACCAGUGGUCCCAAACAGGACUGA